CCCCGGGGGGGGCUCAAAAAAUGGCGGCCGCCGGUAGAGGAGGAGGACUGGCGGCCUCGGGCGGCCCGGUGGAGGUGGCGGUCGUGUCGGCGGCCGAGGCCUCACCUGGGGCCGGAGGCGGCGGCGGCGGCGGGUCUUGCUGCUCGGUGUGGGAAGUGGGCUCCGGGGCCUCGGUGGCCGCCUACCGCGGGGCUGGCUGCGCCUCCCGGGGCCUGGCUUUGCUGGGCGGGGAGCAUCUCUUGGGGGCCCAGCUGGGCAAGGCCUGCAUCGGGGUCUGGGAGCUCCAGAGGAAGGAUCAGCUCCAGCAGAAAAUCCUAUGCCCAGGACUCGUGACCUGUCUAACUGCUGCCCCCAAUGGGCUCUACAUCCUGGCCGGAAUCGCUGAAAGCAUUUACUUGUGGGAGGUGUCCAGCGGGAACCUGCUCGCCAUCCUGAACCGGCACUAUCAGGAUCUCUCCUGCCUGGCUUUUACGGACGACAGCAGCCACUUUCUCUCGGGGGCGAAAGACAGUCUGGUCAUCGUGUGGAACCUUUUCAGCGUGCUACAGGCCGAUCUUGUCCAGAAUGCCGAGCCCCGCCACGUCUGGUCACGACACAGCCUCCCCAUCACGGACCUCUGCUGCGGCGUGGGCGGCCCAACAGCCCGUGUCGCCACGGCUUCGCUAGACCAAACGGCCAAGCUCUGGGAAAUCUCCUCAGGGGACCUCCUCCUGUCGGUCGUCUUCGACGUGAGCCUCACCUCGGUGGCCCUGGACCUCACUGAGUAUCACAUGUUCUGUGGCGGCAUGGAUGGCUCCAUUUUCCAGGUGGACCUCUGCUCCUGGCCGGUCCAGAGGGAAAGAGGUUUCCAGACUGAGCGGGAGACUGGGAAGACCUUUAAAGGACACAGGAACCAGGUGACGUGCCUGUCUGUCUCCACCGACGGGAGCCUUCUUCUCUCCGGCUCCCACGAUGAAACUGUCCGGCUGUGGGACAUCCAGAGCAAGCAGUGUGUGCGGACGGUGAAUUAUAAAGGCCCCAUCACCAACGCCUUCCUCACCCUGGCCCCCGCCAGUAUGCUCAACCCAGACAGCAAACCCAGCGUCCCUCUGCCGAAGUUCAGCCGCCACCUCCACGGCGUGGAGAGUGCCGAGAACCCGGCCGCCGAUGGGCUGACCCUCUGCCUCGGGCUGCACCAGAAGGGCUCUGGGGAGACCUCUCUGGAGAAAGCAGAGCGCCUGUAUUUGCUGAUGUGCGCCACAAGAGAAAAGAACCUGAUGGGUGACCAGGAGCAGCUGAAGAUCCGGGUGACCGAACUCGAGGACGAAGUCUGUUCGCUCCGGAAAAUCAACAAGAGCCUUUUUGAUUUUUCGAGCCGCAUCCUCACCAAACCGGGCAAAUAGGACGUUUUCCUGAGCCAAGGGGAACAUUCUCUCUCUGGCAGGGCAGCUGUUACCUUGCAAUCCUUCUGUUUGUUUUUUUAAGGGGGACACUCCUAAAUAUUCUCCUUCUCUUUCUUCCCGGUUUUGGGAUUAACAUUGAUUACCUGCCGUAACCGUUACCUGGAAGGAUGUGUAUCCCUCGAGCUGAAGAUAUUUUUCAGCUCCCCGAUCAAAACAGGGAAAUGAAAACACACCGGCAUGCCUUUCCCUGCCAGAACAAUCUAGCCUGGAAGAGAGAGAGCAGCAUUCACCAUUUUCACCCUGAAGUGCUGUUUUUCUCCCUGCGAGGGGGUCAUCUGAAAGUUUUGUAUGGUUCACGCCAGCCAUAACAGGUCACCCAGCUCCAUCGGGUCCUUGGUAUAUGAUUAACACAUUUCUACCUAGACUUUCGUCUGCUUUGCAGGAUGUCUGACACAGAGGAUCAGAGCUUGCUGUUAAAAAAUCAUUCUGCGUCGGUGGACUUAUAUUUGCAAAAAAUUCGACCCCUUCUUCCGGUUCAGCAAAUUUAUUUUCACGAUCUCUUUGUCUCCUCUUGUUUCUUGUUCUGUAAAGACAUAACACCUCCAAUUCUGUGUCUGAAUAUUUUUUUUGUAUUGUGGUGAGUUUUUUAAAAAAUAAAGUUCA